AUGGACAUUCCCAUCGCCGUGAGUUUCACCUUUCAAAAUGAGCAUCGUUCCAUCGAUAACGUUCCGAGUGGUUCUCAGCGUGACGGCCGACUCGUUCCUGUGUGUUAUGGACCGUCGAGACGGGGCGGCGCGAGACAUGCCGACCCGAGCCCGAUGCGCACCCGCUUCGAUUGGCCAGAGCCCGCCCUAGCGGAACCCGCGUUCCUCCUCUUCUGGCUCGGCGAACCCUCGUACCGCCUCUUUCUCGUCCGAGAACUUCCCGAAGCGGCCACGAUGACCGGACGCUUCGCCUACCUCUGCGUCUCGAUCGCGUCGCUUUCCAUCUGGGCGGUCGGGUACGAGGACUGCCCUUCCGAGAGAGACGUAUGGCCCUGUACGUGCCAUUUCGUCGCGGAUUGGCACGGACCGGAGUGGCAGGGAGUGGAAGUGCGUUGCUCGGAGGCCAACAGCAGCGAGGAGAUUCGGUCCGCCUUCGAGAAGGCCUCCUGGCCCACCACUCGACUCAUGUUAUUCAAUUUGAGGGGAAACCACAGGGUGAAUGAGGUUCCCGAGGGAGCCUUCGGGACCGUUUCCUUCCGAGCGAUCUCCGUGUCGCGCUCCGUCGUGAAGAGAAUCCACCCGUCGGCCAUCCUCUCUUCGAAGGACCGGCUGGAAGUCCUGGAAAUGCAAUUCUGCUGGCACCUGGAGACAUUCCCCUUCGACGUCCUUCCCCGGCUGCCGCGGCUGAGGGAGCUGGACCUCGCGUACACGCGCUUGGCCGCGGUCCCCGCCCUUCGAAGCCCCAGCCUCGAGGUCAUGGAUCUCUCGAAUUGUAACAUCUCGAGGGUGGGGAGGGACGGAUGGGCGACUCCCAACAUGAGGGAACUUCGAUUCAAUGGGAAUAAGCUGUCGAGAUUUCCCCUGGCGGUCAUUACGAGUUGGGAGAAACUGGAGUUAUUCGAGUGCUCGCCGUGCAACCUGGACACCACCCUUGCGACCGGCGCGCUGGCGUUCCUCAGCCGGUCCCUCAAGGCGAUCUCGCUCCAGGGGGAUGUCGCGAGGCUCGAACCGGGAGCCAUCACAGGUAUCAUGCCAGACACGAAGAUUUCUCUGGAAAGAAAUAAGAUUGAAUUAUUGAAGGAGGAUGUGUUCCGUCCGAUGCUGGAAAAUCUCUCGCUGGGGAGUGGGUCCCUGAAUCUGCGAUGGAAUCCCAUACGGUGCGACUGCGACGUGGCCUGGCUGAUUUGCAAUCCGGAAUUCCUGUGGAAGGUCAAUGGAAUCUGCCGAGAUGGGAAAGAUCUCAGGGACUUGACGUCGGACUCCAUGAGAGAUUGCGAGAGCGUUCGAGCGAGGGAGGGGUCUGCUUGCGCGUCGCCGGCGAGCGGCGCUUCGGCGAAUCGCUUUCUCGGAAAUUCGCAAGGAAUGGCAGCACGAGACAUGAACCUCUUCGAGUUGUCCUGCAUCAUCCAGUCUGAGGAGACAACCAUCGCCUGGUGUAGGGGGAACGGACUGCUGCCUUGCGCAGCUGAUCAGGAACAACCGCCUCCUUGCCUUAAAGCAGGCUGCAGUGGAACCCUAAGGGAUGCGGGGGAAAACAUCCUCCGCUGCAAGAAGUGCAAGGGGGGCAUGGAGUGGGAGGAGGGGAAGGCAAGCAAUUGGUGUGCAGGAGUCAUCUUGGCGCUUGCCUGGACGUGGGCCUACAUCACCAUCACUAAGAGCAAGCCCAUGUUAGCAGGAGAACUGAGUAGCCUUCGAAAUGAGACCUUCGUUGACUGGCGGCACUUCGCCAGAGAAAUCCUCCGGACGCUAUUCGCGAGUGCGCGGCCAAUGGGUGGCCCAGGAGAAGUGAUCCAGAUUGAUGAAAGCUACUUUCGGGUCCGGCGGAAAAACAACAAAAGCCGCCUUAUGCAAGGCAACGCCGUUUCCUCUUCACGGGAAAACUAUGGGGACGUCGUAGACAGACCAUGGAUCUUUGGAAUGGCCUGGCACACGGAACUGCGAAGUGAUGCCCUGGCCGGGUGCCAGAAGGUCGUCAGGGGAGGAUGA